AUGAGAAGAAAGAAAUACCUUUAAGCUAAGACCUUAUUGGAUUUUAGUUUUACUAUAACUAUUCUACAUCAAUAAGUGAGUACCAAUCAUAACCUUAAUAAUCAAGUUUUUAAUACAAUUAAUCUUGAUGUAUUUUAAUGUGCUGAUCCUUCACUACAAGGUUUCAUUUGCAUUGAUUUUUCUAAAGUGAAUAACUAUACUUUGAUCCUUGAUAGUUAAAAUAAUAAUUAGAUUCUCUCUUCAAUAAAUAUUAAUAUUUAUGGCUGUCGCGAUUUAGAUAGUGUGAAAACCACUAUUCCCGAUAAUUGUGCUGAUUAAUCUGAUAUAGAUAAUAUCAUCAAUUCAUAUUAUGCUUAUUUUUAUUUAAAGCUUUAAACUUCUUAAUAUAAUACAACUUCGAAAAAGAUCUAAACUUAUUAUAGAAGUAUAUAUACCUAUGUAUAAUCUUUAUAAUAUACUCUUAAUACUCUAAAUACUUAGAAGUAAGAAACUGAAGUAAAUGAAGGCUUGAUGUUUUAAAGCAAAUAAACAUACUCCUCACCAAUUCAAUACAAUAUGGUAAGCUAGUAUUUUGAUAGGCAAUAGUCUUUAAUAAAUGGAUUUGGUCCAUAUCUUUAAACAAUUAUUUAAAUGGACGAAAUUGUUUAGUAAGUCUAAAUCUAAUAUCCUACAAUCACUGAGGUUUUGGCACUUGUAAACAGUAUUACAGCUUUUGCUAUUAUUUUAAGAGCUAUAGGAAGAAUUUACUCUUAAAGACUUAUAAAAUAAGACUUUUUCAUGCUUUUUUUUCAAAGACUUUAUUCAGAAGAAUAUAAGAAAAUACUAAAACACAACAAUCUUAUUGAAUAGAAUAACUAAACUUGCUUUGUAACCCAAAGUAAAGUAGAAGAAGAAUUCAAAGAUGAAGUUAUAGAAAACGAACUAUAUGAUAAAUUUGUUCCUAGUUUCUAGACAAAAUUCAAAGAUCAUGUUGAAAAAAGUCAGAUUUCUUAUUCAAAAGAUGAACAUUCAAAUUUAUUUACAAAACGAAGCGAUUAACAAACAGAAGAAAUAUAGUUAAAAGAGGAUGAAAAAAAAAAAUAGUGGUAAUAGCUUAUAUGA